GAUCCGUUUGAUUUAUUUAUAUUUCUCGUAGUCGGCUACAAGAGAAAGCGCGGGAGGGGGCGAGAUGGAAGUGUCGAGUCUUCCAAUCUCAGCAUCACAAAGAGGGAAGCUCAUCUCCGCCGGCUACUCUUCUAUCUCUUCACUUUCCUCAGUCACUCCCUCCGACCUAGCUCGAGAUCUAAACAUUCCGGAGGAUGAAGCUCUUCAAAUCUUGAAGGUUGUGUCUGAUUGUAGUGGAAAAUAUGGUUCUUAUCAGAAUCAUGCUAUUGUCACAGGUGCACAAACUGCUUGGGACAUGCUCCAUGAGGAGGAAUUAUCUAGACAAAUAACUACUUCCUGUGCUGAGUUAGACAACAUAUUAGGCGGAGGAAUAACUUGCAAAGAGGUCACGGAAAUCGGUGGUGUGCCAGGCAUUGGUAAAACACAGUUAGGGAUCCAACUUGCAGUGAAUGUACAAAUUCCAGUUUGUUAUGGAGGCCUAGGAGGCAAAGCUGUAUAUAUAGACACUGAAGGCAGCUUUAUGGUAGAACGGGCUCUACAAAUUGUUGAUGGGUGUCUUUUGGACAUGUUACAACCUAAUGACUUCAGCAGGAAAAAAAAUCAAGCUUCGAAAACUAGAUUACAACCUAAGGAUUUCCUCGAAAAUAUAUUCUACUUUCGCACAUGCAGCUAUGCUGAGCAAAUUGCUGUGGUAAAUUAUAUGGACAAGUUCAUCUCAGAGCAUAAUGAUGUCAAGGUUAUCAUAAUUGAUAGCGUGACAUUUCAUUUCCGCCAAGAUUUUGAAGAUAUGGCACUUAGAACAAGAUUACUCUGCGGAAUGGCCUUGAAGUUAAUGCAACUUGCAAAAAAGUACAGUCUAGCAGUUGUUCUCCUAAACCAGGUCACGACUAAGCAUACAGAAGGUUCAUUCCGUUUAACUCUUGCACUAGGAGAUAGUUGGUCUCACGCCUGCACAAACCGAGUUAUAUUAUAUUGGAAUGGCGAACAACGGUAUGCAUGUAUUGACAAGUCCCCAUCUCUUCCAUCUGCUACUGCCCCAUAUUCUGUUAAUGGGAAAGGUAUCCGGGAUUCAACAUCAACCACUAAAAGAGUGAAAAUGAUGUAAGUUUUCAUAUUUACAUGGAAAUAUUCACAUCUUGCUCUAGUCAUUUGACCUUAUUGGCUCGUGAAAAAAAGAUAAUUUUGCAUAAUCUUCGUUUGGUUAGUAGUUAAUAUACAGUUUCAGUUUUUCUUUUUGAAUCUGGAUUUGCAAUCAUCUGUAAUUAAUAAUACAGUGUUUUUCUAUAAUGAUUACCUCAUUUGUUGUGCA